AUGGAUGAAAUCAAACAUCUCUCAUCUGAAGAAGCCGGUUGGCACUUUGGAGCAUUGCAUGUCACUACAAAGCAACUCGAGGCGUUCUCGGUUGAUGACAUGGCCAUUGACAUGGCUUCGUGUGCACCUGCUCUGUGGGAUUUGCUGGGUAUAUUGAUGCAAGGAACGAACCAAAAGUCCAAUGCGCUGCAAAGUAUACUCGGCAUUUUUCUACAGUCUGUGCAUGCGCCACAAAAAGUGAUCGAUACCCUGUCACGCAUUGGAAUAUCCAUAUCAUGCAAUACAAUCAAUGCCGCCAUUCGAUCAUUAUCAGCAGAGUCACAAAAUACCUUACACGCUCUCGGACAGUCAAUGCUUGCGUGCUAUGCAUAUGACAACUUCAAUGUCGAUCUGAAAUCUCAAGUCCCCUUAGCCGAGAAAUCCAAUGAUACAUUAAAACAUCUCACAUCCAGUUUACUAUUCCCUCUGCAGCAUGGUAUCACUCUCAAUGACUUGAAAUGCUCCGAGGCAUUGUGGAGACACGCCAUGGACAUCAAUAACUCAACCGUUACCGGAAAUAUACAAGCUGUUGUGUCAUUACUCGCACAAGGUGGUGUCCAUGACCCAGCAGACACCAACUUGAAUUUCCCAGACAUCUCACAACAUGUUGUCCUAUUUCAUGGUGAUCUGGGCACUGGUGAACGUCUUCAGGCUGCGCAACUUCGGCAGUCAAUAGAAGCAACUCCAUGGAACCGCUUACAACAUAUGGCAUGCGUAGAUGCUAUCUGGCGCUUGUUUCUGCAACCAUUAACUGCCAGGGAAGACGAGACUAGUCUCAUGCGGGAUGUGACACACUUACGACCAAAAGAAACUGGGAUCUACUGUUCCAAGCCUGGAUUCCGUCGCAUGCAUCAACUUGUGGGACAUGCUGGCAUAUGUUGGCGACUCGAUUGCUGGCGGGUUUAUGUCAAGUCCAAAAAUCCAAACUACACGAGUCUUGAUGCUUUUGCUGCAUCUGAACCCACAAUCAAUAUCUUGCAGGACAUUGCUAAUGAAUUGGCGAAGCUUUAUGUUGCUGGUCGUGACCUAUACCAAAUGUGCUGUCAGCCUUGUGAACGACGAGAUGAAGAAUUGUCUUACGCUAUGAAUCACGGAGAUAUCGGACGCGUAGAGACAUGUAUCAUCCCCUGGAUUCCAAUCCUCAAGGCCACAGGAAAGCACAAGUAUGCUACACACAUGACGAACUUUCUGUUGAAUGUGCAUUUUGUUUACCCAGAAGGUCUAAGACGGGCAGUUCGUUAUCACAUACUUGUCAACCCCAGUGGUAAAGAAAUGAAGUGGCGAGCAGUGGAUUGGUGCGUCGAGUUGAAUAAUCUAUUCACGAAGGUAAAAAAUGGAGGAAAGGGUCCAAACCGCACGCUAGAGCGAAUUCUGCUCGAAUCUCCUCUCGUUCAGGCAUAUCGAAAUGCUCAGACGAUGAUACAAAAAAAUUUCCUUCACACUCAUCUCACAACAAAUCAUGCAGCGUCAAACAUGACAAAAACCUUCGAAGGACUCUGUAUUAAAAUGGGUGUUCAUUCCCCUCAUAUUGUAAUACCUGGUAGAAAAAGCCGUCACGAGAUUGUAGAUGUUCUAGACAAAGGAAGGGAGCUUAUGGAGAAGGGAGCACGUGGGGAGACAGACCAAAGUGAAGAUAUGUUAGCUGAAGGUGGGGUAGAGAUGGACGAUGUAUUGAUAGAGCUGUUGUGA